GGAGCCUCCGCCUCCUCCGCUGCCGCCCGCCUCCUCCACCGUCCUCCUGCUCCUCAGCCUCAGCACCAGCCGCAGAGCCCGGCCCUCCGCUCCGGCACCAUGAUGGAGGAGAUAGACCGAUUCCAGGACCCCGCAGCAUCCGCCAUUUCCGAUGGAGACUGUGAUAUCAGAGAGGGAGAGAGCGUGUCCAUGAACUACAAACCUUCCCCGCUGCAGGUGAAAUUAGAGAAGCAGCGGGAGAUGGCCAGGAAGGGCUCGCUGAAGAACGGGAACGUCGGGAGCCCAGUGAAUCAACAGCCUAAGAAGAACAAUGUCAUGGCCAGAACAAGACUGGUCGUCCCGAACAAAGGAUACUCCUCUCUAGACCAGAGCCCGGACGAGAAACCCCUCGUAGCCCUGGACACAGACAGUGACGAUGACUUUGACAUGUCCAGGUAUUCGUCCUCAGGUUACUCAUCAGCUGAGCAGAUCAACCAAGACUUGAAUAUCCAGCUCCUGAAGGACGGUUACCGAUUAGAUGAGAUUCCAGAUGAUGAAGAUCUGGACCUUAUACCCCCCAAGUCUGUUAACCCCACCUGCAUGUGCUGCCAAGCCACCUCCUCCACCGCCUGCCAUAUCCAGUAAUGCGGGAGGUGCCUGUGAUCUGUGCAUUCCACGAUAACUGUAAAUCUUAACAGCCAUUGCUUCCUCCUAUGGUAGGACACGCACCUAUUUGUGUUCAUGGAGCCAGGAGAAACCAAAGCCGACGUCAGUGCGCGGGACGGGGACUAGUGAGGGCAGGGAUACGCGGAGCCCCCCUUAAGCUGCUGCUGACAACACCAUUAUUUUACACCUCAGUGUGAACGCUCAUCCCAGACACGGGGCAACGGCGAGGGCUCCGAGGUCCGUGGGGUCCGCUCUGAUAUCAUUAUAUGGGCUCCAUGCUGGCGGUGACGUCAGGAGACCCCCGCCCCCCAUGUACUGCACAGGUGACCCCCUUUAUUCUGCACAGGACACCCCCCAGAUACUGCGCACAUCAUUUGGUUUCUUCUGUCUCCAUGUUUUAUGUUCAUAUUUUACAAGGCGACCCCCCCCCAAAUACUAAAGGUGAGCGUGAGUCUGCUAGAGAAGUCGCCCCCACUCAGUGCCCCCCCCCCCCUCACCUGGACCCCUAUAUGUUAUGUUGUGCAGCGCCCCCCAGUGCUGGGAGAGGCCACGUUCUCCGUGGCUCCUUGUGAAUGGUGAAGAUGCGGUUUCAGAGAGUAGAGGCGAUGACGAUGGAUUGUGGUGAUAACAACCCCCAUCCUGUAACGUCUGCUGGGAGUAGUGCAUCAGUUUACUCGCCGGACUCGGGGAGGAUUGAUUCGUAGUGCCAUAGUCCGUCCUGGACAGAACACGUAGAAAAUGUCAGGCCGCCAUUGUGAUUGUGGGUCAGGUGAUGCAGGGUCACGCCCUCAAGGUGACGGCGUUCUCUGAAGGUUUCUCCUAAUGACCUGCAGGGGUCGCUAUUGCAGCUGCUGUGUGUGGUUUAGUCAGCGACUAACACAAUAAGUGAGGAGACUUCCCAAUCUGAUUAUUUCUGUUCUCUUAAAACGCUAUUGACCACAAGAGACGUCUGUGACCCGACGGCACACCGUGAGGAGGAACACCGCCCGCCAUCCCAGCAGAGAGCAGCCUCUGGGGGGCAGUUAUGUCUAAUGUCACAUGGACCCAUGUGUAAUAGCCCCCUCUAGAGGUCAGCGGGGGUAUAUCCUGAUGGUGUCACAUAGACCCAUGUGUAAUAGCCCCCUCUAGAGGUCAGCGGGGGUAUAUUCUGAUGAUGUCACAUAGAUCCAUGUGUAAUAGCCCCCUCUAGAGGUCAUCAGGGGUAUAUCCUGAUGAUGUCACAUAGACCCACGUGUAAUAGCCCCCUCUAGAGGUCAGCAGGGGUAUAUCCUGAUGAUGUCACAUAGAUCCACGUGUAAUAGCCCCCUCUAGAGGUCAGCGGGGGUAUAUCCUAAUGAUGUCACAUAGAUCCAUGUGUAAUAGCCCCCUCUAGAGGUCAGCGGGGGUAUAUCCUAAUAAUGUCACAUAGAUCCACGUGUAAUAGCCCCCUCUAGAGGUCAUCAGGGGUAUAUCCUAAUGAUGUCACAUAGACCCAUGUGUAAUAGCCCCCUCUAGAGGUCAGCGGGGGUAUAUCCUGAUGAUGUCACAUAGAUCCAUGUGUAAUUGCCCCCUCUAGAGGUCAGCAGGGGUAUAUCCUGAUGAUGUCACAUAGAUCCAUGUGUAAUAGCCCCCUCUAGAGGUCAGCGGGGGUAUAUCCUAAUGAUGUCACAUAGACCCACGUGUAAUAGCCCCCUCUAGAGGUCAGCGGGGGUAUAUCCUAAUGAUGUCACAUAGACCUAUGUGUAAUAGCCCCCUCUAGAGGUCAGCGGGGGUAUAUCCUGAUGAUGUCACAUAGAUCCAUGUGUAAUAGCCCCCUCUAGAGGUCAGCGGGGGUAUAUCCUGAUGAUGUCACAUAGAUCCAUGUGUAAUAGCCCCCUCUAGAGGUCAGCAGGGGUAUAUCCUGAUGAUGUCACAUAGACCCAUGUGUAAUAGCCCCCUCUAGAGGUCAGCGGGGGUAUAUCCUGAUGAUGUCACAUAGAUCCAUGUGUAAUAGCCCCCUCUAGAGGUCAGCGGGGGUAUAUCCUAAUGAUGUCACAUAGACCUAUGUGUAAUAGCCCCCUCUAGAGGUCAGCGGGGGUAUAUUCUGAUGAUGUCACAUAGACCCAUGUGUAAUAGCCCCCUCUAGAGGUCAGCAGGGGUAUAUCCUAAUGAUGUCACAUAGAUCUACGUGUAAUAGCCCCCUCUAGAGGUCAGCGGGGGUAUAUCCUGAUGAUGUCACAUAGAUCCAUGUGUAAUAGCCCCCUCUAGAGGUCAGCAGGGGUAUAUCCUGAUGAUGUCACAUAGAUCCAUGUGUAAUAGCCCCCUCGGGGUCAGCAGGGGUAUAUCCUAAUGAUGUCACAUAGACCCACGUGUAAUAGCCCCCUCUAGAGGUCAGCGGGGGUAUAUCCUGAUGAUAUCACAUAGAUCCAUGUGUAAUAGCCCCCUCUAGAGGUCAGCGGGGGUAUAUCCUGAUGGUGUCACAUAGAUCCAUGUGUAAUAGCCCCCUCUAGAGGUCAGCGGGGGUAUAUCCUGAUGGUGUCACAUAGAUCCAUGUGUAAUAGCCCCCUCUAGAGGUCAGCAGGGGUAUAUCCUGAUGUCACAUAGACCCAUGUGUAAUAGCCCCCUCUAGAGGUCAGCCGGGGUAUAUCCUGAUGGUGUCACAUAGAUCCAUGUGUAAUAGCCCCCUCUAGAGGUCAGCAGGGGUAUAUCCUGAUGGUGUCACAUAGAUCCAUGUGUAAUAGCCCCCUCUAGAGGUCAGCGGGGGUAUAUCCUGAUGAUGUCACAUAGACCCAUGUGUAAUUGCCCCCUCUAGAGGUCAGCAGGGGUAUAUCCUGAUGGUGUCACAUAGAUCCAUGUGUAAUAGCCCCCUCUAGAGGUCAGCGGGGGUAUAUCCUAAUGAUGUCACAUAGAUCUACGUGUAAUAGCCCCCUCUAGAGGUCAGCGGGGGUAUAUCCUGAUGAUGUCACAUAGAUCCACGUGUUAUAGCCCCCUAGAGGUCAGCAGGGGUAUAUCCUGAUGAUGUCACAUAGAUCCACGUGUUAUAGCCCCCUAGAGGUCAGCAGGGGUAUAUCCUGAUGAUGUCACAUAGAUCCAUGUGUAAUAGCCCCCUCUAGAGGUCAGCAGGGGUAUAUCCUGAUGUCACAUAGAUCCAUGUGUAAUAGCCCCCUCUAGAGGUCAGCAGGGGUAUAUCCUGAUGGUGUCACAUAGAUCCAUGUGUAAUAGCCCCCUCUAGAGGUCAGCGGGGGUAUAUCCUGAUGGUGUCACAUAGACCCAUGUGUUAUAGCCCCCUCUAGAGGUCAGCGGGGGUAUAUCCUGAUGAUGUCACAUAGAUCCACGUGUUAUAGCCCCCUAGAGGUCAGCAGGGGUAUAUCCUGAUGAUGUCACAUAGAUCCACGUGUUAUAGCCCCCUAGAGGUCAGCAGGGGUAUAUCCUGAUGAUGUCACAUAGAUCCAUGUGUAAUAGCCCCCUCUAGAGGUCAGCAGGGGUAUAUCCUGAUGAUGUCACAUAGAUCCAUGUGUAAUAGCCCCCUCUAGAGGUCAGCAGGGGUAUAUCCUGAUGUCACAUAGAUCCAUGUGUAAUAGCCCCCUCUAGAGGUCAGCAGGGGUAUAUCCUGAUGUCACAUAGAUCCAUGUGUAAUAGCCCCCUCUAGAGGUCAGCGGGGGUAUAUCCUGAUGUCACAUAGAUCCACCUGUUAUAGCCCUCUAGAGGUCAGCGGGGGUAUAUGGACGUCUAUUGAUGUUCCUGAACCUCUCCCACAAUCGGCGCGUCUCAGCACCGCCAUCUGAAAAGUGGACAAUCCCUUUAAGACUCUCCAUGAUCCUGCUGGUGAUGCUAUCCUGGUUUAGUAAUGGGGGAGGGGUACAUACUUUUGGCCGCUCACCGUCCGCCCCCUCUUUGUAUUUCCGCUCCCAUCGCUGUAUUCCGUACUCAUGAUGUAGGAUACGUUCUGCCUUAACCCUUGUCGAGCUGGGACACUGGAGAGCGCCCCCUGCAGGUCUGGAAGUGUCUCAGCUGCGCGGCCUGGGCGAGGGGUGGCACAGAAGGGGUUAAAUGUUGUUUUUCUGAUUUUGCGUUGUAUUAUUUAUUCUGGGAUAUUCUGUAAACUUGUAUAAUAUUUUUUUUAACAUUUCCAUCGCAGUAUUUCUCAGUGUUCCUGGUGUGUGUAGUGUAACAUGACGAUAUUAAAGCAUAUCUACCGA